ACCGGGUGUUCUUAAUUGCGGUUUACCCUACUUGUAGGUGAGAGAUUAUUUACUGCACCAGUAGGCUGCCCUUAAUCACAAACCCAUUUAAAUAAAAACAAAAACAAUAAUUUAAAAAUGAUUCUGAAAUCUCGCUUACAUAUGCCUUAGAGUUAAACACAUCAUGCAAUCCAUAAGACGCAAAACCUACAGUGUACAUGAGAAAAAUAAGCCUUUAAAAUGUUAGUAAGAUUAUUGUGCCAAAAAAAAAAAAAAAAAAAAAAAAAAACUGUGCCGCUUGGAUUUCCCAUUCUUCGCCUCCCUUUCUGCAUUCACAUAUGCAGAAUAAGGCAAAUUAUCGCCUCAUAGUGUGACUAGAUGUAGAGUUAGAGAGCGAUGGAGACAGAGAAAAAAGUCCAAACCGCUCCGCUACUUUCCCCUCCUCUGUUCACUCUUUCACACAUCUGACAGAAAACUAGACCAAAAACCUCCACAUUCUUUCCUUCUUUUGCAUCCUCUGUUUCCAGUCAGUCAUCCUGUUUGCCUCCUUUACAUGCUUGUGUUUUAAUGACUUUUGCGUGUUACACACCAACAUAGUUCAGCCUGAGCAUACUUCUAUAGUCUGAAAAAUAGAUAUCUAUAGAAAUCUAAAUGUUCAGAUGAUUUCUAUAGAUAUCAAUUUUUCAGCAUUUUCACAGCCUUAUAAGCAGAGGUGAAAAAGUACCCAAUUCCUUUCUCAAUUAAAAGUACAAUUACUAAAUAAACAAUCCAGUUAAUGUAGAAAAGUAUAAACUCUUCAAUUUACUUACAGUAUGAAAAUAAAAGUACAAAAAUACUCAUGAAUGAAAAAGACCUAUGCCUCACAUUGCAUAUGAUUUUACUGAUAUUAAAUUAGUGCCCUUUCACCAAGGGACCAAAGAAUGUCACAAAACAUUAAUGAAUGCUAACAACAGCUCAAACAAUAUAUCAAAUGUUUUCUAGCAUGAUAAGAAUUCUGAUGAUACAAACUAGAUAAACGCUAAUAGCUAGCUGUCACAAUACAACCUGCCUCGAUAAAUAUAAAAGUGUACAUCGGACAAGAUAGAUUACAGUGAUGCCUUAUGACUUUACAAGUAAAAGAAACAAAGUGAUGUAGUGUUUGAAAAUAUAGUGAUUAGAAAGUAGAGAUUUUACCAAAGUAUUACAUGAAAAAAACCCUCAAAGUACAGGGGCCUGUUGCACUUGCUGAAUGUAAGGUCGAUCGUAACUCAGGGUGUAAAGUCAGUCCUAAACCAUAUGCUGAGAGUAGUUCGCUUAAAAACAAUAUGGUAGAAUUUCGGUUGCACCAGAGAUACUUACAAGGUAGAUCAGAACUAGUACUGUGUCACGUGAUCAUGGAUACAGUGAUGUAUUUCUCCAUCACACACCAAUCAGAAACAUGAAUGAUAAAUACUACAUCGACGAUCGAGACGUGUGAGGACACAGGACAGGGGAUAACGCCCAUUUGUUUUUUCACUGUUAUAUAUUUACUUGAUGUUCAUUAUAUUUUAACCGUAGAUAAAUCAACAAAAUCAAAAGGAUUGGACUUUACAAGUGGUUUCUCAAUUUAUCCAUAUCUUGGUUCUGUAUUUUAUGCCGUUCUGCUUUCUGUAGUGCUACAAAUGCUAAUGCCAUUUCAGUAAUGAGCCAUAACAAUGAAAAAUAACUAAUUCCUGCAAUCUUAAUCUGCAUUUGAAUAAACCAACAGGCAGUAUAAUAUUACAUCAAUGGUCAAAUUUGUUAAAUACUUUGUGGAAUAUAAUACUUCCCAAUAUCACAAUUUGCUAAUAUUUUGCACUAACCAAGGAAAGAGCUUACUACACUCCCUGAUAUUAAAAUAUACACGGAUGAAUUCGAGGACUAUAUAAAAAGGCUAAGUUCUGUUACAGAAACUGGAUCUCUGAAGUGUCCACAUCCAGUCAUCACAGACCAUAGACCAACUAUCUACAUAAAGAAAUCCAAAAAACUAAAUGCAUUUAUAAGUCCAAAUAUUCUUUUUUACAUUGUGUAUAUAUUGUUAUUUUGAACAGAUUCACAGAGUAGUUUUACUUGUGAUGAACAUUGCACCUACUAGUGCUUAGUUCCAGCUUAAUUCUAUGUUGAAACUAUAGCUUGAUGCAACUAUUAUUUAGUAGUUAUCCAUUUACAUUAAAACUAGGCUAUAGGUUGCGUUUAGCUGGAGCAACUGGCUGCAGAUACUUAUGUAUAGUAAUUGUACCAAAAAAAAAAAAAAAAAGUGUACUUUUUAGACUAUAUACACUGUAUAUAUUUAGUGUUAGAUUUUGUCUAGGCUGCCACAUGUCUUACACCUUUGGUUUCAUACCUACACUAUAAUAACUCUGAGGUUAAUGGAGAGGAGAGUUUUAAAUACAUUCACACUGUACACACCUCACAGUUUGUGCUCACCCACACUGUACUCAGCAUUAUCAUAAUGUGGGUAUGAAAUCAAAGGUGUAAGACAUGUGGCAGUCCAGACAAAAUCUGGGUCUUGCAAAUAAGGCCAAAUGCAUACAGUAUAUAUUCUACCAUCUACACACUGUCUUACACCUUUGAUUUCUUACCCACACUACUGUAUGAUAAUGCUGAGGUUAAUGGAAUGGAUCAUGAUAGAUACAUUCACACUGUACAGACCUUACACCUACAUUGGCCUUUUGAACCCACAAGAUGCACAGGACAAGGAGAUUUAAAUUUCUCAGUGUGUGUGAACUGAUGUAACUUGCAGUACUACGUUGUACGUGUGGUAUGUUUUCCUACCAACAUCCAGCAAAGGAUAAUGUACACUCAUUAUUACAUUUUAAAGAAAAUUGUAAGACAAAGCUGCAGUGUUUUUACUGCACAUUUUUGCAUCUUUCCAAAUUCCCAUUUUUACUGUUUAGUUGUGGGGAUUUGGGAAUUUUGGUUACUGGGUACUCAUGCACUGCCAUUAGAUUUACUCCCCAUUAUGAAAAUGUAAAAAUGGCAACAAAAUUGAAUGCUGUAGAAGACAGAGAUUGUGGGAGAGGAAGAAGGGAGUUGCACAGGGGAACCACUGUGUGCGGACAGAAAUAUAGGUAGAGAGAGUAAAUGAUGCAAGUGUUGUAUGGAAACUAUACAUGUGUUGUGUGUUGUGGGAAGGAGAAAGAUGCAUGUAUAGAAGCAGAUGGAGAGAGAACAAACAAGAGCGGAGGCGGGAUGUACGGAGGUUUCCCUUGUCCACUUCCUGCACUGUUGUCGUUUCAUGGUCAACUUCCUGUCACGUGACUUUGACAUAAACACAACUCUUCUACUCACCCACAUAAAUACACACAAACUGACAUAGACACUCACACAAACAUGCUCACACUCUCACACAGUUACACAUAUGCACAAGCUUACACUCUGACACACACACACACACACACACACACACACACACACACUGUUGACAGGAAGCUUUGCCACUCGCAUAUCGUAUAUACACUCACACACACGCCUACGCUCUACCUGAUGAAGCCUACAUGUCGACUCAUACGCAUUUCAGACCGAAGACGAAGUGAGUCACUCACCACAUGAGAUGCUCAAGAUAACACACUCAACCUUGUGAACAAUGGUUUUGGCAGAGGAUGCUCUUUUACCAUGAUCUGAGAUCAGUUUUGUGGUCACUUGUAGAUAACGUUAAAAGUCAGGUGGCGAACAAGCUAACAAUGUACAAAAACCUUUUACCCUGGCUUUCAGCAACAUGCUACAUUUGCAUUCAAUUCUUGUCCAGGAUUUCUCACAAAGGAUAUCUACAUGCAGACAAUCUGCAAAUCAACCAAGAAUAUACCAGACAUUAGGCAAAAUCAGAUUCUGAUGCUCUGUGUGCUAUUACAAAGAUGCCAUGACUGCCCUAUGACUUUAGCUUGGCAAGUAGAGAGCUUUUAAACAGCCUCUGACUUCUCUGUGGGAUAAACACGUAUCUAAACAUCAUGGCUGAUCACAGUUCCAUCCAUUCUGAGUCUCCACCCUUCUCUGCCAUGUACCGCCUUCAGACACAAGGUCAAAGAUCAAACUACAACCACUUUCAGAACAUUUCUGUGAGCAGAAUAAACCAGUAUGAAGAUAACAGCCUUUUGAAUGACCCUGCUGACAACUGUGCCAGUGCUGUAACAAGUAUGAACGGAGUUGGUGAGCAGAUAAAUACUGCAUACUGGGACAUGGAGUCUUUGAUCUCGUCUCAGCCUGGUGCAUUCAACAGAACCAAAGCCAACAGCGAACGGUACGAGGAAGAAUGGAAUUCCGGUUCCCAGCAGCAGGAUGCAAUAGAAAAUUAUGGUACAACAGGCGGGAAUCAUCAGAAACUGGACUCUUUCUCUGAGGCAUUUUAUGACCGAAGCAUUUCUAGAAUUGCCAACUGUGUUGAUCAGGUUGGAUACAAUGUUGAUCCAAACAACUCUCCCACCAUUCCACCUCUUCCCUCCCUCUCUUUCCCUCUGGUUCUGAGUCCUCCUCCUACGCCUCUUCCUCAGCAGUCUCUUUCUCCUCCUAAACGGGGGCUUUAUCCCCCUGCUGUACAGUCACUGAGCCACACACAAUCACAGUCCCCUUCCGAAGGCUCUUUGCGGUUCUUUCCAUCACUUUCUUGUACCGGUUCCAUUCUUCCCGGAGGUUUCACGCCUACUCACUGGCUCCCACUUUCCACUGACAACAGUGGGAGUGCAGACAUAACACAGCACCUUCCUCAAGACCAGGGUCCAUCUGCAGUCUACCCAGAGGGGGUGGGGAUUCAUCUAAGACAGCUGAGUGCGACGGAGGGAGAUACAGACUGUUCUCUAGAGACUUCUCCAUGUUCACCUCUGGUGCAGCAUCCACCCCAACAAUCUGCUCAAAAACAUGAGAGAGAGCAUUGCCCUGUGACUUCAGAUCACCACAUGACAUGGUCCCAGAUGAUGCCAUCAUCUCAACCUUUUUGCUCCCCAAUCCAUCAUUUGAACACUCAGGCAGAGGGAUUGAGGGUGCAUGAGGAUACAAAGCCAAUUGCAGGGUUCCAGCGAACAACUUUUUUAUGUUUGUCCAGCUCACAGAACAAUCCCUUGGCAAUCUACACGGGCCUUCCAUUCCACAGUGUGCUCCAGUCAGGAGCAGUGGGCGAUGAUCGAGAACAUGUGACUCAUCACUACACUCCACUUCCCAUGCUAAAUCCCACUCGCAGUGGAACAGGACUGUACUGUAACCUGCUGCCUCCACUGAACCACCAGAAACGGUGGUCAGAGGAAGCAGGACAUCGUGCUCAACAGCGGCAAGUGAAUAUAGGGCCAGAGUUUCAGGCUGAGAUACCUGAUCUGCUUGAGCAGGAGCAGAUAGACUUGUGGUCUGAGGAACCACUUCGGGAGGAGUUACUUUGGAAACCAUGGGCAGAAUUAGAGGGGAAUGAUGACCUACUAGAACAGGUGGAGAAUCUUCUAGAUUUCAGUACUUCUACUGCUCUUCCUGGAGGUGUUGCUAAUCUGGAGCUUGCCCUUCAUAGCCUGUCCUUAUGCCAAGGAAAUGUAUUGGCUGCUUUGGAGAUGAUGUUUUUCUCAAACUCAAAACCCUCUAGAGACUACCAUUAUUGUGGCAGUGACAUCUGGCGGUUAAAUGAGCAAAAGUUAUUCCAUAAGGCCUUCGCCAUGUAUGGAAAAGACUUCUCAUUCAUUCACAAAAUGGUGCAAACAAAGGGGGUGUCACAGUGUGUUGAAUUCUACUAUCACUCCAAACGGCUCAGAGAGAAACAGAGGAAGCUAAAGGAGAAAGAAGCUCAACUGCAACAGCAACAAAUGGCUGCAGAAACACUUACUCCAACUAACCAGGUCAUGGUGAUGAACCCUAAUAAUGUAGACAGGCUAAUUCAUACACCUGCACUGGCUCCAAGCUUUCCCUGCAAACAAUGCGGAAAGAUGUUUUACAAGAUCAAAAGCAGAAAUGCUCACAUGAAGAUCCAUCGUCAGCAGCAAGAGGACUGGAGGGAGAGAAUACAACCAAACAAUCACCUUAGCCUGACCCAGGCCCUACAGAACCAAAACCGAACCCUGACCAAUCCAAACCAGCUUGUUACGCAAGGUCACCCAAACCAGUUAUUAACCCAAAGCCUGAUCCAGAACCUGGUGCAGUCUCAGGCUCAGCUCACUUUUAUCCAGAGCAGCAAGACUCAAAGUCCUUGUUUCACUACUGCCAUCAGCAGUACAAACUCCACACAAAACCCACAGAUGGCUCCCAAAGCCCCAGCUCUACCACUUUACAGGGGCCCCCAACAGACAUGGGGUGCCAUUCAUGGUAGCUUGGAGUCUGGUCUGUAUUACGACUAAUAGAGGAGCACAGGUGGGGAUUCAGGUUUAACUUCUUAGCUACAACCCAAUGAUAAUUCUCCUUGUCCAUUUCAGGAACAGUAAAACUGACAUGUAGCUUAAGUUUGUACAUAACUGAAUUUAAAACUAUGUUCAUUAAAUGUUUCUACUGACUUCAUA